UGCUCUGCACAGCCGGGCGGAGAGAGGCGACGGGUCAGAGGAAAAUGGCGGACGGUGUGGAUCACAUCGAUAUCUACGCCGACGUAGAGGAGGAAUUCAACCAGGAAGCGGACUACCCAGUCCACGAACAGAUUGACCUGUACGAUGAUGUAAUAUCCCCAUCAGCCAACAAUGGAGAUGCGCCAGAAGACCGCGACUACCUGGACACACUGCCUACCCCAGGUGGCUCAGAGGGAGGGAAGAGUGCCCCACCCAACGUGGUGUACACAUACACAGGCAAAAGGAUUGCCUUGUACAUAGGAAACCUCACAUGGUGGACGACAGAUGAGGAUCUAACAGAAGCUAUCCGGUCGGUAGGCAUUACAGAUGUGCUGGAGAUCAAGUUCUUUGAAAACAGAGCCAAUGGCCAGUCAAAAGGGUUCGCACUGGUGUGUGUGGGCUCAGAGGGAUCAUCCAGGAAGUUAAUGGAGCUUCUUUCAAAGAGGGAGCUCCACGGCCAGAAUCCCAUCGUCACACCGUGCAACAAACAGUCCCUCAGCCAGUUUGAGAUGCAGUCACGCAAAAGUACCCAGUCAGGCCAGAUGUCUGGGGAAGGUAAAGCCGGUCCCCCUGGCGCUGGCCCUCGUGGGGGUUUCCCCAUGGGUCGAGGCAGAGGCAGGUUCCCUGGACCACCUGGCCCCGGUGGAGACCGCUUCCCUGGUCCCGUUGGGCCUGGAGGUCCACCACCGCACUUCCCUGGCUCGGGGAUGAGACCAGAUCUGAUUAGGCACCAAGAUGGCCCUCUGAUGGAUAUGGGUUUCAAUCCCUUCCCGCCGGGGGGUAGGAACGGGAGCUGGCGUGGCAGAGGUGGGAUGCAGGGUCCCCCACGUCCCCCUCCUGGUCCACCUGGUCCCCCUGGUCCCCCAGGACCUCCACCUCCUGGCCAGGGCCUCCCCCCUCCCCUCGCUGGUCCUCCAAAUCGUGGCGAUAGGCCUCCUCCCCCUGUUCUCUUCCCUGGUCAGUUUGGCCAGCCUCCAAUGGGACCCCUGCCCCCAGGUCCCCCUCCUCCAGGUUACGGCCCUCCCCCUGGUCCCCCACCCCCUCAACAGGGCCCGCCACCCCCAGGACCAUUCCCUCCACGUCCCCCUGGCCCCAUUGGGCCCCCCAUGGCUUUGGCUCCACCUCCACACAUGCCAGGUCCCCCGCCAGGUGGACCACCACCAGCACCCCAUGUUAACCCUGCCUUCUUCCCUCCACCUGGUAACAACAACAUGCCCCCCAACGACAGCAGAGGCCCCCCUGGACCAAACGACCCAUACGGACGCCCGCCACCAUAUGACCGAGGGGACUACGGUCCUGGAGGCCGGGAGAUGGAAGCGUCACGGACCCCUCUGAGCGAGGCAGAGUUUGAGGAGAUCAUGAACAGGAACAGAGCCAUCUCCUCCAGCGCCAUAUCCAGAGCGGUGUCCGACGCCAGUGCAGCUGACUAUGGCAGUGCUAUAGAGACCUUGGUAACAGCCAUCAGUCUGAUUAAGCAGUCCAAAGUGUCAGCAGACGACCGAUGCAAGGUCCUCAUCAGUUCCCUGCAGGACUGUCUCCACGGCAUUGAGUCAAAAAGCUACGGUUCCGCCUCCAGACGAGAACGCUCCAGGGAACGAGACCACAGCCGCUCCAGGGAAAAGAGCCGACGCCACAAGUCCCGCAGUCGUGACCGGCAUGAGGACUAUUACCGAGAACGCAGCCGGGAGCGGGACCGCCACCGUGAGAGGGACAGGGACCGAGACCGGGAGAGAGAGAGGGAGAGGGAGUACCGUCACCGCUAGAUGAGAGCUAACGAGGAUCAAGGAUGGAUGGAAGGAAAAGGAGGAAGGAUUUCAGUGCGCCACCACCUCCCCAACCUGCAUGACCGGACAGGAUUACAACCACCACCUCUUCCUCCACCCCUCCAUCUCUCUUCUCCUCUCCGUCUCCACCCAUCCUUCUCUCUGUCUGUUCAUCUUGUCUGCCUGAAUAAGAGCAGUGGAUGGAAGACCCUGACCUGUGUAAGAUUAUGUUAUCCAAACAUCUAUACUCAUGGUAACUAAAGAUGAAAGAAAAGAAACUUUCCAAACAGUUCUUUUAUUUUUAUGAUGUUUUAUUUGACAUGAAGAUGACUACGUGUGAUGCUUCUUUGCAAAGAAACAAUAAAAUGGCCCACACAAUCCCCUAACUAGAAAACACAGACAUUACAUCCUGUUUGUUUUUUAUUUUUCCUUGGCUCGCUGUACUGUGUACAUUCAGUUUAGAGAUCAGUUUUUAUAGGGUACAUCUUUGAUGUGUUCUCCCCACCCUUCUCUCUCAUUCUCAUUUAUCCUUUUUGUUGUUAGUAUGUUUGUAAAUGUCUCUCUGCUUUUGAUUAAAAACUAGAUGGUGUUGUAAUAAAAAAUGUUUACCGAGGUACUCGAUGCAUUUGGUGAAUUCCUCUACAUGUUUGACUCAUUUAUAUUAAAUGUGUAUUUUGGACUGCAA